AUACGCAAAUAUCUGGGGCGAGACUGCAAAAGUACUGGCGGCGCAGUUAACCCCCGUCAGUUGUCAGUAGAGCAUCCACAAAAUCUUGCUGCCGAAGAAAUCGAGCAAUCCGGUCGACUAGAAAGAAAGUGCGAGAAACUGCGUCGAGGGAAGAACACGAGAGAGAAAGUUCAGGUAUGGAGAGAUUGCAGAGAAUGUUCGCGGGCGCAGGAGGGGCUCUGGGCCAUCCGCCUCCAGAUUCUCCGACGCUCGAUUCGUCGGAACAGGUCUAUAUCUCUUCUCUCGCCCUCCUCAAGAUGCUCAAGCACGGGAGAGCCGGGGUUCCUAUGGAGGUGAUGGGUCUGAUGCUGGGUGAGUUUGUGGAUGAGUACACUGUUCGUGUUGUUGAUGUUUUUGCGAUGCCGCAGAGUGGUACUGGUGUCAGUGUUGAAGCUGUCGAUCAUGUGUUCCAGACCAACAUGCUUGAUAUGCUCAAACAGACUGGAAGACCAGAAAUGGUUGUAGGAUGGUACCAUUCACAUCCUGGAUUUGGCUGUUGGCUUUCCGGUGUGGAUAUUAACACGCAACAGAGUUUUGAAGCUUUGAAUCAACGGGCUGUGGCAGUGGUGGUAGAUCCAAUUCAGAGUGUUAAAGGGAAGGUAGUGAUCGACGCUUUUCGGUUGAUUAACCCACAAACCAUGAUGCUUGGCCAAGAACCACGGCAAACAACCUCCAACCUUGGGCAUCUUAACAAGCCAUCCAUUCAAGCAUUGAUCCAUGGGUUGAACAGGCAUUAUUAUUCCAUUGCAAUUAAUUACAGGAAGAAUGAGCUUGAGGAGAAGAUGUUACUGAACCUUCACAAGAAGAAAUGGACUGAUGGACUAACUCUUCAGCGAUUUGAUUCUCAUUCCAAAACAAAUGAACAGACUGUCCAGGAGAUGCUAAACCUAGCUAUUAAGUACAACAAGGCAGUUCAGGAAGAGGAUGAAUUGCCACCAGAAAAGUUGGCUAUUGCAAAUGUGGGAAGGCAAGAUGCCAAGAAGCACCUUGAAGAACAUGUCUCCAACCUAAUGUCUUCAAACAUAGUUCAAACUUUGGGAACCAUGCUCGAUACAGUCGUGUUCUAGACUUGAGUGGUUGGAUAAAGAAUGACGAUGCCCCAUUGUUUGGGAUGAUGAAGCGUGGCACAGAUCCUUGAGGCUGUCCAUCCUAUUAAACAUUUUAAUUGUCUGUAAUUUGCUCUCAAUUUAAUUUUACUACUGUUAUGAUCUACACAUUCUUGUGGAACCAAAAAGAGGGUAGUAAAGCAGGAAAAUAGUUCAAUUCA